AUGUUUCCGACACUCGCAACCAAUGCGGGACAAAAGGUUUCGGUACACAAAGUGGUCGCUUUACUCGUGGUGUGGCAUAACUCUGGUCACGACAGUUAUAAUCAUGGCAUUAGUGAUACCGGCACUCAACAUGUUGAACAGUGUGGCAUAACUCUGGUCACGACAGUUAUAAUCAUGGCAUUAGUGAUACCGGCACUCAACAUGUUGAACAGUUAUUACUACAAUUACGCCUCAGAGACUAUUACGGCGGCCAAAGCUAUCAUAAUUACAGUGGGAGUCGUCUGUAUUAUAAACCAAUGUUUGGGCGUAUAUGCGGGUUAUAAGGAGCACUUCCAACUGGCGCUGGGAUACGGUGUGGUCUCAAUACUGUUGACAGUGCUGUGCUUUGUCGGCGGUAUACUGAUUGGCGGUAUUGGCUAUUGGUAUUUGAUGAUCCAGUUUGCUGUGUGCGCGGGUAUAGGCUUUCAGUUUACCCGUGAGAUACGCCGGUGCGAUCUGAAUGCUAAUCUGGGCCAUCAGGCCGUUUACGUCAACACAGGCCUACAGCCCAAUGUAGUGUAUCAGGUGCCCCCUCAACCCAACUAUGUUAUGGCCGCACCCGUACAACAAACCGGAGCUGUUUAUAUAACACCGACGCUGACAGCAUCGCAGACAAUGCACGCAUCGGGCGGUCAAAUGAUUAUUACAACCCCGACGUACGGCCCGACCUCUCAAAUGGUAGCGUAUCCAAACCCAAACCCCGGACCCUCAUAUGUUGACCCCAUCCACACCCCUCCCACUUAUACACAGUCUCAGGAAGAUCUACUAGUGUUAAAAUAUCCUACGCCCAUACGAGACAAACGGUUCCGGUACUCUCAAUGGUCGCUCUACUCGUGGUGCGGUAUAUCACUGGUGGUGACCGUAAUCCUUAUGGCAUUAAUGAUACCUGCUUAUAACCUCAUUAUCGACGACUUCUCUCACUACUAUCAGUGGUCUAUCGAUGCAGCUAAAUCGGGCAGGGCCAUUAUUAUAACAGUUGGAGUGCUCUGCAUAUUAGUUCAAGGCGUGGGCGUAUACGGCGGCUAUAAAGAGCACAUGAAAAUAUGUUUGGGAUAUGGGGCCGCGUCGGUGGUGUUGACCAUCAUAUCGCUUGUCGGUGCUAUAAUAACGGGAGGGGCGGGCUUCUGGUGGUUAAUGAUACAGUUCGCCAUAUGCGCGAGUGUGGCAUUUCAAUUCACCAGGGAGAUACGCCGGGCCAACUGGAAUACGGCUGUUGGCGCCCAACAAACCGUGUAUAUGAAUAAUGGCCAUCAGCCCAAUGUGGUGUAUCCGAUGCCCGGCCCUCAGCCAGCGUACGCUAUGCCCAAUCAAACCGUACAGCACCCGCCCGGUGCCGUCUAUAUAACACCAACACUGACGGCGCCCAAUCAGUCAGGCCAAGUAGUUAUGGGGAGUCCGACGUACGCCCCGUCACACGUGGUAGCGUUCCCGACGCCCGGCGCCUCAUAUGCAGGCCCGACAUCGAUGCCACCCAAUUAUACUGAGUCACAGGAAGAUAUUAGGGGAGCAACCGGUGCAGGACUAGGAGCUGAACACUCGUACACCGGGGCUAACAGUCAUGCAAAUGAGAACAUUGAUGGACGAAAAACAAUGCCUCAAUAA